AUGUGGGAAUAUUUAAUAUUAUUAUGGGACAGAUUUAUUGAGAAGGGGAAUACAGGGGUCAAGGAGCAGGAUAUUGUGCAAUAUAAGGAAUAUUUCUGGGAGAACGUGAAGACAGUAUGGCAGAAAUUUAAGGACUAUAUGAAGCAAAAGGAGAACGCAGGUGACAUGAAGGUCAUGUGUGAUGCAUUAAUAGAUCCGGACGCUAGUGGAGGGGGAAGUCAGACGGACAGAGAUAUGUGUGAGUUAACACUGAUAGCAUUACACUUUAAACAUGAAAUUCAUGAAGCCGUGGCGAAUAAGACCUCAGGGCAUAUAGACAAUGAGAUCAAUGCGCAGAAGACAAUAAUGUUAUAUAUGAGGUGCAUUUUAGUAAAUAUUUUUAUGAAGAAAAUUAUAGGCAGAAAUUGUUUACAGCGCACUGGUGGACAGCAGGCAUUUGGUGCAGCGGACGGGAUAUUCAAAAAUAUGGCAGGAAAGGAGGUAGGUAAUAUUGAGUGUGAGCGGAAGGAUGCAGGGGAAGGAGGUAUAAAGGGGGUACGAGAGGAACAUAGAACUUUCUGGCAAAUAAUGGACAGGUGGUUUGAUAGGACUAAAAUGCUGUUAAGGGAUGGGGACUGGGGAGUAUUAGGGGAAAGUUGCAUGGUAGAAAAAAAAAAAACAAAUGGAGGAAGGGACGAACAGUUGGGUGACUUGAAAGAGAACGUAAAAAAACAAAUGGAAGAGGUUGGGGACGAUAUUGCGCAGAAAAUAGAGAGAAUAUUACCGAAGGUCAAAACAUGUACAUCUAAAGAAUGUGUGAAGAGUGCAAUAGAACAAGAGAAGCAGAAGGAUUCUCUUUCCACAGCUCCCAAAGGUAAAGGAGACGGACAGUCGGGACCACCGCCCGGCAAACCCGCCCCGGCCAAACCAGCAGCAGCCAAACCACCCGGCAGCGACGGACACGCAGUAUCGGCGCAACCAGUAGCGGCGCAAACACCGGUAGCACCACCAUCAAGGGGGACGUCAUCAUCGGGGGCGAUGGCAUCAUCUGGUGGUGGUGGUAAGGGUGGUGGUGGUGGUAAGGCUGCCGGUGGAGUAAGCAAGGGCACGGGCAAGACCGUGAAGGCUGGAAAAGGACAGGAAUGUGAUGGCGACUUGGCACGGAGGGACCAGCCUAGCACAGUGUACGUGGUGCCCCCACGUGAUGAUAAUGAAUGGAACAAGUGGAAGCAAGUGUUGCAGGAAUUUACGGAACAUAUGGAGGAAAAAAACGACCUCAAUGAUGCAUAUGGUGAAAAUUGUCACAAUUCUGGUUGGGAUGAUAUAAAAGACGACGGCACAUUGUUCAUGGGCCAAACAGUAGCGGACGUACUCAGGUGCAAAGUUAUGAGUGUUGCAUGGGGUUUCGCAAAUGGGUGGGGCCAGAAGACGGACACGUGGGCAGGAAAGAGUGAAGCACAGAGGACAGAUAUAGACAUGUUAAGGUGCGAAGUAGCAAAUAUAUUUGGACAUAUACUACAGGCAAUGUAUUGUCCGCGACAGACAACGUGGAAAAGAGGUAUAGAGUAUUCCCGGAUAGCAUUCAGGAAAAUGCAAAGCACAGGAAAAAAUGGAGCUGGAGUGGUAGCGGGUCCUGUUAUCGACGGCAGGUGUACAGCAUGUGGGUACGGCGAGAAUCGAAGGUGGGCACACGCCAUAAAUUUGAAAGUAGUAGAGUGGCUCAUGCAGGACGCAGGAAUAUUGGGAGAAAUAAAGGCAAUGGAGAAGCAAUGGCCGUGUAACACACAAUGGAAAGAUUACAUUAAGCAGCUGGACCCAGGGUCGAGCUAUAUUGAGGAGGGGAACACACCAGGGGGCAAUCUCAAAGACCGUUUGAGCGACGUAGGGAAGGAGAAGAUACAGGAAGCACAGAAACAGAUGAAAGGAACAGUAACAAAGAUAAUUAAGAAAGUGCAGGACGCAACGGAGGAAAUAACGAAGGCAGCAAAGGAGGGGUAUGAGGAAGAGCACAAGAAAGCACAAAAGGAAAUUGCGGACGCGACGGAGAAGACAAGCAAGGACAAGGACAGUCCUGCGCGACCCCCUGCACUUGAGGGAACAGAGGCAGGAACAUCAGGGCCACCACAGGCAGCGGAAACUAAGAGCCCCAAAGCAGCAGGAUCCAAUGAUAAAGACCCAGGCGGCACACAACCACAAGCACCGGCAUCCCCAGUAUUACCAGCAAGACCACCACCACCUCCUCCACCCAAGGGGAAAGCUUCUGAGGGCACCCAGGGGGGGAACGAUGCAGACAAAGCAGGUAAGUGCACAGAGAGUUCCACCAGUACGAUUACGCACGGAUCCAGCGUUAGCGUAAGCCUCGGGUGCACUCCAGAUUCCGCGUUGGGAGUUCCCCCUAGUACACUCCUGAGUCCCACGGAUCCAGCGCCAGGCGAUGCCGUCGUCGUUGACGGCGGUAACGAUGACCCCCCUCCUCUCAAUCCACCCAAACCAAAACCGAACCCGAACCCAAAUCAAUCGGGUAGUAGUGGCAGUUUCAGUGAUGCUGAUUUGGCGAAUGGAGUUUCUGGUGGGAACGGACAGGCAGGUGCUGCCGGGGGCGCACCAGGACGUGCUGGCGCAGGCGGCAGUAGUGGUGGUGGUGGACGCGGUGGAGAACGUGGUAGCGGCACUGAAGUUGGCACCCCUUCCGUGCCGCCCGGCCUCACAUGGGAAGAUGUCAAGCCGUACACCCCCGCCAUGAUCCCCGCGGUGGUUGGUAUUGGCGUCGUUGCCUUUUUCCUAUGGAAGUACUUUGCGUACGUCGCCAAACGCCGACGAACAUAUCGAACCGUUCGUGACAUCCCGUCACCGCCACUCGACGAAGAAAUACUCGACCAUCUACAACGCGGCGCACUACGGCCACCCGAUUACGGGUACACGAUGGUUAGGGAUACGCGGCCUGCAUCUGCUGCGGAGCGACGACGACGACGCCAUCCACGGGUGCAUAAGCGCACAAUCAUCGAGCUACAUCUAGAACUGCUCAACGAAUGUGAAGCGGCCGCAUGGGAAAACGUCAAAGACGACUAUUUGCAAAUACUCGUUGAAGAGUUUAUGGCGGGCAACAACGGACAUAGUAGUUGCCCCGAUGCUCCUAGCACAAACCAGGAUUUAUCAGGGAACAAUGUGUCCUCCACCGUGGAUCCAUCCACCGAGUCCGACGGAACAGAUCCAUGUCCACCACAUGCACAUGACCCAUGGAGUUGCAUGGAAACCAUACAGUUAGAAGAGGAACAGAGUCCUGCCCCUACUGUUCCGGGGGCCGCGAAGUCGUACUGCACCCAAUGGAUUACCUGGAUUGACCGCAACAAGCAUCUAUUGCGGGCGUGCACGACGAAGCCGUGGUUUUUGCAGCUAACGUUGGCAUGGAAACGAUACCUGCGUGAUCACAUGGCGGCAAACGAAGCAUCCGGUGAGCACAGGACAGCGGCAACCGUGCCGAUGCAGAAACUGCGGUUGUGGAAACAAUGGGUGUCCCAACAACAUCGGCACAUGCGUAUGUAUAGUGAGCAGGAGUGGUUUCAACAUUUGUUGAAUACUGUACAGGAGGCGACAGUGUCGGAAAAAGGCGAAGUACCUCGAGUAGAAACACACUUAGAAGUGGAACAAGUAACGGCAGCAGCAAAUAUGCUACGCGUGAGAGAUAUACCACGGACGCAACCACUCCAUGAGCAAUACUACAAGCAGAAACACUUAAUUGCCAAAUUGUGGCUACUCCUCCUUUCGUCCGUUAUAGAAGACUGCGCGCUCGAACGCAAUUUGCAGGAUAGGGAGUUAUAUGUGGAUGCUUUAUUACGGAAUAUGCUACAUUAG